AUCUGGUUGUUUUUCUUCCUGGUUAUAUCUCAAACCUAUGGACCUUGCUUCCACUCCCGUGGAAACUGAUAAAAAGCUUCUGAGGAUGUUAUUUCUAUAUGGCAUCUGCGCAUCUGGGUAAGCUGGCAUAAUGAGUACCUCCAGCAAAAAGUCAGUGGUCAACUCUUUGGCCAAAAUAUUUGACCCAAAUGCUUUGCAAAACCAGCGUCCUUCUACUGAAGAAGAAGCCUUCGAAGCUGCCCAUUCAGCAGACAACCCGGUUAGCUGCCCUGAAGAUGUGAGUGGGUUGGAUUUGAAGUUUGCUUCUUUGGGCCAGAAAAUAGACAAGAUACUGACCGUGCAAGACUGCGUUCUUCAGAAGCUGGACUGUGUUUCUCAGGAAAUCUUCUGCAUGGAAAAGAAGAUUGAGAAUUUGAAGGGGGACGGAAGAGGCUCGGGACCCACCGCUACAACAGCCGAAAAUCUAAGUAAUUUUGACGUGAAGAUGCUGUGCGUAGAUAUUAACAACAAACUGGCAGACAUGAGCAAGAAUACCGAGCAACAAACAAAAAAGUUAGAUGGGCUGGAACAAGUUGUGCUAGGGGUAGAGAAGCUUGUCAGCUAUUUCGUAGAGAAGUUGAAGACUUCUAAAAUCAGCAGUCUAAUACACAGAGAUGAACUUCCUCAUAAGCUCCUUAGAAUAGGUGGCUACUUGAGAAAAGAUAAAGCAAGCAAUCUUUUCAGGAUGCAGAUGUUUUCCGACAAGAAGGACCCUUUGUUCAGCAAAAGAAAUGAAAAGGAGAAAUCAUAUUUAACUACAAAGGGAACAAAACUGACGAAAAAGAAGAAACCACCUGAUUCGUCAGAUGAAUCUGAGGAGAAGAUUCAGACAGAAAAGGUUCAUAAACUCAAUAAGGAGAACGCAACUACCGGUUUUGAUCAAAGAAGUCUUCCCAUAUCUUAUGAUCAUGGAUCAAAGAACAAUGCCGAUGAAGCCAACAGCAACAGUUGGAAAAGCAUUCUUCCGAAGAAAACACAUAAAAGCCAGGGGAAAGCAAAUGCAAUGGGAGAUGCUAGUAAGAAACUGAGUGGCCAAAAUAUUAAGCGGGACUCACUGGAAUCUGUAACGAAGCAGGAGGUGCCUGAAGAAAGCCAGAAGAAGGCAGAAGAAGAGGUUGAAGGAAGAAAUUCUAACAGUGCGGUUGAGAGGAAGGCACGAGAAACUACAUCCAAUGGUGAAGAUACAACAGAAAAUCUUGAGGACCCAUCAAAAACACCGGGUGAACACGUCACGCAUAAAGAUAGUGAAAAAUCGUCAUCGUCGCCUCUGAAGGAUGAGCAGAAUGCCAGCAGCAAACGCCGAGUGAAUGAUGAAGGGAUUCCUAAAGAUGACAAUAAAAAGAGCAGGGUAGAUGCAGCAAACGCCAGCGGUGAACACACUUCAGAAGACUCGGCUAAGCUGAAUGACACAAAGUCUGCUGUGUUAGAAAAUGCAGAAAAAUCUGACUCAACUGCUAAUGAGCAUGAAAGUCACCAGGAGCUUUCUAUAGGAGACAUUGAUGAUUGUCCACCUCCUCCAGCCCCUUUUGAUCAUCGGAUUGUCUCGGCCAAAAGGGCAGGAAUCAGCAGCUUUUACCAUGUGGACAAGGAUGACAUUUUGGGAGGUGGACGAUUUGGACAGGUGCAUAAAUGUGAAGAAAAAUCAACAGGUCUCAAAUUAGCUGCCAAAAUUAUAAAAGUCAGAGGUGUAAAGGAAAAGGAUGAAGUAAAGAACGAAAUCAAUGUUAUGAACCAGUUGAAUCAUGUGAACCUCAUCCAGCUGUAUGAUGCGUUUGAAUCCAAAAACGAUAUUGUCCUUGUCAUGGAGUAUGUGCCGGGAGGAGAACUGUUUGAUCGAAUUAUUGACGAGACCUACAAUUUGACAGAAAUGGAUACCAUCUUGUUCAUCAAGCAGAUCUGUGAAGGGAUUCAGUACAUGCAUCAGAUGUAUAUUCUCCAUUUGGAUCUGAAGCCUGAAAAUAUCCUCUGUGUGAAUCGAGAGGCUAAUAAAAUAAAGAUUAUUGACUUUGGGCUGGCAAGGAGAUAUAAGCCAAGGGAGAAGCUGAAGGUGAACUUUGGCACCCCAGAAUUCCUCGCUCCUGAAGUUGUGAACUAUGACUUCGUCUCCUUUCCGACUGACAUGUGGAGCAUAGGAGUCAUUGCCUACAUGUUGCUCAGUGGAUUAUCUCCUUUCCUGGGGGAGGAUGAUAAUGAGACUCUAAACAACAUCCUGGCUUGUAGAUUUGACUUCGACGAUGAAGAAUUUCAGAGUGUGUCAGAGGAAGCCAGAGACUUCAUCACUAAACUUCUCAUCAAGGAAAAAGGCUGGAGAAUAAGCGCCACAGCAGCCUUAAAACAUCCUUGGCUGUCGGACCAAACCCUCCAUUACAGACUGCUGCCUAAGAAAAAAGCUAAAGGUUCUUCUAGAAAUCAAGAGGCUGUGACUCCACAACCUCUCUGAAAAAUCAAAGAAAAGGCACUGUGUGGUGACUGCUGUUGUGGUGUUUGGAAAUAAAGACCGGCAGAUUCGGUGCUUCAACCGCCCCCCUCACCACUAGCCUCACCUGCGCGGUGACUUAAGGCUUCUGCUAAAUGGACCAACACCUCUUGGGCUGCAAGGCACAGUUCCAACCAUUUUGAGCUGCUUUCUUAUCCUUUUGUUUUGUUUUGUUUUGUUUUGAACAGCUGCUGGCGUUUCCAAGAUAGUGGCCCAGCUGGGGGGCAAUAUAAAUUUAAAAUCCUGAUUUUUGCUCACCUGCAGUAUAAUGUCCAUGGCUUUCCUAACUCAGCUGUUGAAAGACUGCGGGGAAUCUCUUUCUGUUGGUGAACUCUGUGAAAUCUUAACAAAUGAAGGUCAUACUUGCUUUGAAGAUGGCUGCUUUGAAGAACAUGCUGGUAGCAAGUGGAGAAUUGAGCGAGGAUCCAUUUGAAGCUCAGCUGACCUCUUAUGCCAAUCAGAAAUGGGGUGGCUUUAAUAUGAAUCAGAAAACAACUUUUAGGGCACCCUGGAAUAUAAUUUGGAAUGUAAUUAAUUGAGCCCAUUCAUUUACUGUUAUCGUUCAGCUGGUUAGUUUGGGCAAGUAGUGAUUUGUGAGGAGGCCUUAUGAAUGCAAGGAAGAAUUUUCUCACAUUUUGGUAUCUUUAUGCCUAAGUCAUCCUAGUGUGUGUGUGUUUGUAUGCCUAGAGACACAGAAUGAACUAGGUCAGUGGUGGCGAACCUGUGG